UUCUCUCUUUUUAUCCCUUUUUGGUGUGCUCGUCCUCCAUCCUCCUUUUCUAAUUUUCUCAUUUUGAGUGGGGAUGUGAGUCUGAAGUGAGAAGGGGUGUCCGUGGGUAUGAAUUUCAGGUGGGUUUAGCUUCUUUGUGGCAAGCUUUUCUCAAGAGUGUCUUCUUCGCUUUCUCUUACACUCACACUUUCUCUCCUUGCUUUUCUCUCCUUUUUCCCUCCCCCAAAUAAUUUCCCCUUUACCUGUCCAUUCAGGUAACCUAAGGUGCCCUUUGCUACUCAGCCCAGGAAAAGUUUUAUUGAGAAUUAUAUGGCUGGAAUAAAAACUCAUCAAGGGGAGAGGUCCUGCUCUAUUUUCGCAUCUAGUUCCAAUUCAUUAUAUUUAGCAAUUAGGACUUGGCAAAUACCUGUUAAUAAUUACAAAACUUGGUCAGUUUCAGACCUACAAAUUCGGGGGCAAGACUUUCUCUUAGACAUGGCAGUUCAUCCUCUCCCACCGAGAAGGCUGUUUUCUAAGCAGAAAGUUGUCUGUUUUUGUCUGCUUAGCGAGUUUCAUUUCUUUAUUUCAUUCUUUGUGUGUGUAUGUGUGUGAAGUAACACCUCACUUCUGUGAUUAUAAAUAAAGAAGUGAAAGUCCUCAUGGAACUUGAGUCGUUUACCAAAGUGGAGGGGGGGCACUACAGCUGGGAAGAAAACUGCUGUCAGGAUAUCAGGGUUUUAAAUUAGGAUAACUUUUAAAAUUGUAUUUUAAAUGACAAAGUAAUAUAGUCAUGGAUUUAAUAGAAGACACAUACACACAUAUAUCCCAUUCUAUACUUUGGCACUGAAAAGUCGAGAGAGAGAUAGCAGGAGUUCCCAGGAACAGUGAUGAGCCCGGCUAACAUGAAUGUGUUUAUCUCCCACCUACUGAUAUAUUUUACAUGCUCCCCCUGUAAUGAUGAAGGCAAGAUUACUAACUCCAGACUUAGGAGUAACAGGCGAAGAUAAAGUUUACAGCACAAAAGCCCUGUCUCUUUUACACACACAUGCCCAUAAAACUAGCAACUUACUUUAUUAAACAUGUAUUUAUAUGCAGUCGUGUGUCUCAGGAUGAAUAUAGACAGGCCAGCUGUUUCAUCCCAGACACUUGUGUGACCAUUUCUUUAUUUCAGGAUUUCCCCUAACAAUUUCAAAUCAAUAGGGCAAGGAAAGAAAUGAUAAAAUGUGUCAAACUUAAAAGUCUCCUACUAUGUAUGCCUACGUAAAUUUAAGGUGCUUUCUAAAAUAUCCACUUCCCCUUCUCUCUGCCCCCCUCCCUUCACCCUUCUCAGCAAAUGUGUGGAAACUGAUACUCACUUUCCAGGUUUUCUGCAAAGCUUCUAGCACAGGAGACAAUAGGUGCGGGGCGUGGGGACUGAGUGUGCCCGGCAGAGAAAGGGUUAAUGGCCCUUGUGUUACAGUUUGCAUCUGUUACAUCUUUUAUAGCCCCCUGUUUAAACUAAUCCUCGAGGCACAGCAUCUUCCCAACCUCCACCGAGUUUUCAGGAUUCUCCUCCUCUCCUGCCUGCCUCCGAGGUUCCCCUUCUCCAAGUUUUGACAGUUUCAGCUGAAAAAAUGCAGCGCCUCUCUCGAUUUUUAGAUCGAGCCUGCGUGCUGCCGAAGCAGGGCGCCGAGUCCAUGCGAACUGCCAUCUGAUCCGCUCUUAUCAAUGAAGCAGCCGAUCAUGGCGGAUGGCCCCCGGUGCAAGAGGCGCAAACAAGCCAAUCCCAGGAGGAAAAACGUGGUGAACUAUGACAAUGUAGUGGACACAGGUUCUGAAACAGAUGAGGAAGACAAGCUUCAUAUUGCUGAGGAUGACGGUAUUGCCAACCCUCUGGACCAGGAGACAAGUCCAGCUAGUGUGCCCAACCAUGAGUCCUCCCCACACGUGAGCCAAGCUCUGUUGCCUAGAGAGGAAGAGGAAGAUGAAAUAAGGGAGGGUGGAGUGGAACACCCCUGGCACAACAGCGAGAUUCUACAAGCCUCUGUAGAUGGUCCAGAAGAAAUGAAGGAAGACUAUGACACUAUGGGGCCAGAAGCCACGAUCCAGACCACAAUUAACAAUGGUACAGUGAAGAAUGCAAAUUGCACAUCAGAUUUUGAGGAAUACUUUGCCAAAAGAAAACUGGAGGAACGCGAUGGUCAUGCAGUCAGCAUCGAGGAGUACCUUCAGCGCAGUGACACAGCCAUUAUUUACCCAGAAGCCCCUGAGGAGCUGUCUCGCCUUGGCACGCCAGAGGCCAAUGGGCAAGAAGAAAAUGACCUGCCACCUGGAACUCCAGAUGCUUUUGCCCAACUGCUGACCUGCCCCUACUGCGACCGGGGCUACAAGCGCUUGACAUCACUGAAGGAGCACAUCAAGUACCGCCACGAGAAGAAUGAAGAGAACUUUUCCUGCCCUCUCUGUAGCUACACGUUUGCCUACCGCACCCAGCUCGAGCGGCAUAUGGUGACGCACAAGCCAGGGACAGAUCAGCACCAAA